GACUUAGUGGGUGUGAAUUUUAGUAUUUUGUGUUAUAGAGCCUAUUUUAUUUGUAUUGAAGUGUAGACACGGCGUUUUAAACUUUGCUGCGCUUGCGCGUCCGGCCAGUCACUAUUGUGCCGUUACUGACGCUUGCUGUGUAAGCCAGCGUCUGUUGUGUAAAACUGUGAUUUCAUUUACACUGAAAAAGUCAUAAAACUUAUAGAGCGGAAAAAGUUAGUUAAAAAUGACGGAACAGUCAGAAGUGCGCGCUUUCUAUAGCGGUAAAAAUUUCUUUAUAACUGGAGGCACAGGAUUUGUAGGCUUAUGUCUGAUCGAGAAGGUUUUAAGAACGAUCCCAGAUGUUGGGAAAUUGUAUUUACUUAUGCGACCCAAGAAGGGAAAGGAAAUAUCGAAAAGGUUAGAAGAAUUUCCUGGAAACCCGGUAUUUGAAAAGCUACUGGAAACAGAAUCAAAAGAUAUAUUUAACAAGUUAAUACCAGUUGCGGGCGAUGUGGGUGAAGAUGACUUGGGCCUGAGCCAGACGGACCGUGAUAUAUUGGUCAAGAAUGUCAAUGUGGUCAUACAUUCUGCUGCAACACUUGACUUUCAGGAGAACUUGAGUCCCACGGUGAAGAUUAAUAUUAUGGGAACAAGGAGAGUAAUGCAGCUGUGCAAAGAAAUUAAAGAUUUAAAGGUGAUGGUCCAUGUAUCUUCGGCCUAUGUUAACUCUUAUCUAACUGAAGCUCAUGAGAAAAUAUAUGAUGCUCCUGAGGAUGUAGAGAAAGUCAUAUCAUUGGUUAAAACUAUGAAUGAUGAUGCAUUGAAUGAAAUUGAACCUCAAAUCCUUAAAAAUCAUCUAAACACAUACACUUUUACAAAACACUUGGCGGAGCAUGAAGUGAAGAAUUGUGCUCAUUUGUUCCCUUGUACUAUUGUCAGGCCAACUAUGAUUGUUGCUGCAUGGAAGGAGCCAGUUCCUGGAUGGACAUGCUCUAAAGUUGGUCCGCAGGGAUUCCUCAUGGGUGCGGCUAAAGGCGUAGUCCGUCGUCUGCCUAUGUGUAAGAAUAACAUAGCUGACUAUAUCCCAGUUGAUGUCGUUGUCAACCAACUGCUAGUGGCCGGCUGGCAUGCUGCUAAGAAAAAGUCAGGUCUGACUGUGUACCACUGCUCUUCUUCGACGCAGAAACCUUUCCGCUGGACAAUGCUUGAAUAUAAAGUCAAUGAAAUGCUGCACAAGUAUCCACUAAAGAGCGCUGUCUGGUACCCGCGCUUGGAGUUCGUAUCAUCUUUAUGGCUGUUCCGUGUGUCCGCCAUCUUUGUCCACUUCUUCCCUGCGGUGCUGCUCGAUAUGAUGCUGCGCUUAACUGGAGGAAGACCUAUUUUGUUCCGGUUGCACAAGAACGUGUGGUCGUCGUUGGGGCGUCUUGAGAAAUUCAUCUUCAACGAGUGGCGCUACCACAAUCCCAACACGCGCGACCUCUGCCGCACACUUACUGCACCAGAUGACAAACUCUUCUAUAUCGAUAUAUCUGAUAUUGAUUGGGUGGAUUACUUUGUGACGUUACAUCUCGGUGUACGAAGGUACCUGAACAGGGAGAAGGUAUCUACUCUAUGCGCGGCCAGGAGAAAGGAUACGUUUUUGCUUGCCGCGCACGUUCUGUGGCAGAUCGGUAUCAUCUAUCUGCUGUGGCUGUUGGUGGCUGUCAUCACAGGCUUGACUAUGACGCAGAGCGCCUGGACAGCACCACUCAUAUACAUGCUCUUGAGUCUCCUGUAGAUGUAUACUCUAAGUAUACAACUUCCUAUAGGCAUACAUUCCAAAUAUACAUCCUCCUAUAGUAGUACAGCCUAUACACCUUACUGUAUAUGUCUCAAGUAUACAACUUCUUAAAUUAUAUAGCUAUUUAUUAAAUCUCAUUGAAUCUUACAUUUUUCUAAUAAUUUAACAUUUUGGUAGAAAGGAUCUGAUAGUAUUGAUAUAUGAACGCAAUUUAUAUUGUGACUUACAUUAGUUAAGAAGGUAAGAUACGUUGUUACAUACUAAUAAUUGCUAAUUCUUAAUGUCUAUUCGUAUUAUA